UACACACAUAUAUAUGUAUAGGUGUGGAGGUGCACAAAAUAUUUAAAUGGAAGAUAAUGGUUAUUUAAAUCAAAUCAAUAACGGAUCCAAAUCGGUAGAUAAAAAAACAAUUGCGAAACUUCAGCUUCCGGAUAUACAAGUGCAGUACGGGCGUACAGAAAGUGAUGCUGUGGCACCAAUUUUGCGCGGUGAUCGCCAGUUAGGUGGUCUGCUCACUAAAUGUUUGAGUUGCCUGAAAGAGUUUCUGAGUUUAACAUUCAGUGAUAUUUGCGCACACUACCAGUAUCAGCCGCAUCCGGCAACUAGUCACAAGUGCUUGUAUUGUCGUGGAAACGUUCAUUUUUAUCAACAAGAGGAUAAAAAUCCAGAACCCUAUCACUACUGUUCCCCACCUAAGCAAACUAAAACAAAAAACAAGUAAUCGCAUUAUCAGCAUAAGCAGGAAAUAUGGAAAAGGAGGCUGAAAUCGAAAACGAUAAUGGUGAGGAGGAAUACUUGGACUAUGUGUCGAUUGCUGAAGAUUCGGAGGAAUCAGAAUAUUCUGAUCAUGAAGGCGGCCUUGAUGAUGGUGAGACUAAUGGUUCACAAUCACAGCCUGCCAGUGACGGUGCUCCGAUCGGAGAAGUCGAUUCCGAUGGCGUUGUUACGUUGAGCAUAAGCGUUAGUCCUCAACAUUUCCUGUCAAAUGAUCCGAACUAUUUGGCGAACGAAUCGAAAUUUCCCAUAUCGUUAGAUGUAGGCAAUGUGGUCAUAAAAACCGAGGACGAUGGUCAACAGAAUCAGCCAAAGUCGGUUGGUCACCCGAAUUACGGCUUCGGAAAGCGCUGGUCUAAAUCCGAAGACCUAUUGCUGAAGUCCUUGGUUGAAAAAUUCGGUGAUCGCUGGGACAUAAUUGGGCCAUAUUUUAAGGAUCGCCUCGAACAGCAGGUUCAACAGCGAUGGGCGAAGGUCCUAAAUCCAGAGCUUAUUAAAGGACCAUGGACGCGCGCGGAAGAUGAGAAAGUCGUUGAACUCGUGCGUCGUUUCGGUCCCAAAAAAUGGACUCUAAUUGCUCGCUACUUAAACGGACGCAUUGGUAAGCAAUGCCGUGAACGGUGGCAUAACCAUCUCAAUCCGAAUAUUAAGAAAACAGCCUGGACCGAGGAAGAGGACAAAAUUAUUUACCAUGCGCACAUAAAACUAGGAAACCAAUGGGCUAAAAUUGCCAAACUGCUGCCGGGUCGUACAGAUAAUGCCAUCAAAAACCACUGGAACUCAACGAUGCGUCGUAAAUACGAUGCCGAGCGCAGACCAAUAGCGAACACUGGUGGCGAUCUGAAGACUUCUCGAACGCACUUAAUCACAUUGAUCAAAUCUGGUGGCAUUAAUAAGCCAACCCAAACUCCACAGGCCAAUGGUACUGUUGAGAAUGGAGGCGUGAAUGCAAGCAAUGGUUCUCUAUUAAAAUCGAACAUCGAAUCAACAAAUGGAAAGCAAAGCGUAAGCGAUACUAACGCGGAAGGUACAAAGCGGGCUGACAAUGACGCAAAGGGACCAAUCACUGCACCAACCGCCCCGCGUAUUGGUGUCGUCCAUCCAAUGCCCUCUCUGCCAAUACUGCCAUACCCGGAUGUGAAAUUAUCGCGACCAACACCCAACAUAUUGAAGCGUUCCCGCAAACCAAUGCCCAAAAGCGGUUCCAGUGAGAACAAAAAUGGCGAUCCAAAUACAAAGUUACCGGAGUCACCAGUUGUGACACCCAUAAAGCCGCUGCCCUUCUCACCCAGUCAAUUCCUCAAGUCCCCCUGUUUAACUACAUUUGCGGACAUGAAUUUGCGAGCCAGCACUCCUGUGGCGAAGACAUAUAAUCGUGUAGGCAUGGAGAUUAGAAAGGAUCUGGAAAAUUCUUCGAUCGAAACGCCACAUAAAAUUCCAGGAAUUGCGGGUCCAAGAACACCGACAUCUUUUAAGAAAGCUAUCGCUGCCAUCGGCAAGAAACGUGAUGGCCGUCGCUAUGAGCCCCCCAGUCCCUCCAGUCUAGUGGAGGAUUUGGCCGAAAUCAUAAGCGAGGAGCAGUUGAACGAAUCGGAAACUAAUAAAUCCACAGAAAACAGCAGCUCCGUUGGUUUCAGCGGCCAAUCUGGUUACGAGGAUUCGUGCAAUGCCAGCACCGGUGUACAGUCGCCGCCUCCGAAGCGGGCCAGAAAAUCAUUGCUUACUAGCUGGAGCGCAAACACAAUGCCAUAUGGAAAGAAACCGCAGCCAUUCGAGGCCGAAACACCAAGCAAAUUUCUUACAUCUGAUGGUUCGAUCGCUCCGUUCUCACCAAGUAACAUAAUUAAGGAUACAUUAUGCAGCGAACCAGACUUUCUGUUCGAUGAGAACAAAAAGGAGAACAGCCCCUUCUACCGUAAGAGGUUCGGGAUGAGUCGAGGCCAGUCCAGUCAUCAUCUCAUCGAUCCGAAAUGGGCUCGAGUCGCCUGCGGCAAAACCAAAGACCAGCAGUUCAUGGAGGAGCAGGCCUAUGCAUGUCUUAAGAACCUGGCGCUAACGCCGCGAUCGUUGAACUUUGAGAAGCAGAAGUAAAACAUUUAGUGUUUACGUUAGUUGUUUCUUUUUUAUAUACAUUUUGGUUUUUAGAAAGUAUUUGCAUUUCGCCUAAUUCCUGUAUUUGUUAUGAGAUCACGCAGAUAAAUAUUGUAAAAUAGAUUCCAUCCCUACCUCCUCCUUUUACUUAAUCCAGUUGCGAAGGGUUUUAUUUUUGAGCCUAAAUCUUUAUAGUUGAAUGCUAGAUAGAAGGCACGCAAUUUCAUAAUCUCUUAAGUUAUGGCGUAACCAAUUUAUUUCAUACCUCUGUAUUUUUGCAUCCUAUACAAUAUUUACAAAUACUAUUUACAUAACUCUAUAAUACUAAUGCUAGAUAGUUUAAGGGCGCUGAGGGCUGAGCUUGUGCAGAAAAUGAAUUAUUUUAUAUGAAUUUAAACUAAGGUUUCGAUGCAACAUAUACAAAUACUUAUCCUUUGAUUUACUCGAUAUAUUUAAAUAUUCUAUACACACUCUCUUCAUAACGAUAUUAUGAAUAAUGUACAUAGUGUGUACGAAAUCGUACAUACAAUAUUAACAUACAAUACAAAUACAUUUUUUU